UUGAAAGCUCAUUUGACUAUUUUAUGCAUACAAAGCUGCCUUCCUUCUUCAGUUUCCCAGCAUCAAGAAUCAGCCGCCAUUGAAGCAGAAGUCCAAGCAUCUAAUUGCAGAGGUCGCUAGGGUUCAAACCUUCCACUUUAGUUCCUAGAGUUCGAAAGGUAAGUUCUGUCUUUACAUUACAUCUGGACCAAUAUACUGAAUAUAUAAGUAAAGAUACUGAUUUUAGGCUUUUAGCACUUUAUGCAGCCACUUUGUUUAAUACUUCCUUCUGAUCAGAUUCCUUGUUGAAUCUUUGCUAGCUUUUAUCUGACUGUGUACACGCAGUCCACACACAGUAGACCUUUCUGGUUGUCUUUUUGACAAGGUUUUUUCAUUGUUUAAACCCUUUUCUUGAUCGAGAUUGCCUUUCACUUUUCCUAAUCCCGAUUGGCAGUGCUAAUUCUUUUAACACUAUCGACUUCCGAGAGAGAGCUUCUGGAUUCAUCACCUUCUACUAUAGGAAAGGAUAAGAUGGCUUGAAUAAAAUAAGGUGUUUAUACAGUUCUGACAAUUUUGCUCCCUCAGGACAACUUCCUGUGAGCAAAUAGGGUAAUUGAAUCACCAUACGUUGGUUUGAAGAUUUGUCCAAGAAAUUUUGACCAAAUUAAGAAGGCAAGCUUUUCACUCAUUUGAAGUUAUCUUAUUGGUGAGUUCUUCUGACCCCAGUUGGCUAUAGUAAUUAGGUUACUUGUCCCCCUGAUAUAGGUUAAGAGUUAAAGACAAUGGAAGGAGAACUAAUAAACGACAACAACAAUAUAUGAAGUCAUUUGUCAUGAUUAAAUGUUUCUUGAUUUCGUGUGUUUUAAUCUAUGAUUGCCUGCGCAUUCAAUAGUGUUUAGUAGUAUGUAGUUGGAAUCUGUACAUUCCUUGUGUAUAUAAGCUUCAAUAUUUAGUGAUCAACAAAAAUAAACUUUGUGCAAAAAUAACAUAUAUAUAUAUUCACACAUACAUUCAUAUAUACAUAUAUUCUGUCUCCCAAAAUGAGCUUUUUGAUAUUAUAUUUUCAAAUGGGUUUCAAAUGUUACAAAAGGGUUUAAAGUAGAAAAGCUAAGUGACAUUUUUUAAAGUUUUGGGGUGUCAAAUGAAAAUGUCAGAAACCUCGAGAGAGGUUUCUGAAAUUUUCCCAAAAGAAUCAGCUUCCAGUUGUCAGCAGUUCACACAGUAAAAGGUACAUCAGAUUAUUCAUGUAGACCUUUGGGCCCUUCUUGUGUUCCUUCAAUGAUCAAUCCUUCUAAUGGCAUCCAACUUGUGUAAAUAAAAUCUCUAUAUUGACCGUGUUUAAAAAUUAAUUCCUUUCAUGUUUGAAAGCAAAAUCUUGAAUCGUUAGCUAAUUAAAAGAGAUAAAGGGGUAAUUCCUUUCAUGCUUGUGUGUAUGUAUGUAUGUAUGUGUGUGUGUUUUCUAUUACUUUUAUUUUUAUUUUCGUGUUGAACUAGACAUUUCAAUUUUUUGCACAUUUUUAAUCCUACAAUUUUAUUAAUGAAUUCGCAUGUAUGGUGGAGCAAAUGUGAUGAACACCACCACCUUGUUGUUCCGAAUUCACAAGCAUCAAUUUAUACUGAAACUCAAAUAAAAGGCAAUUUAUUCUUCCUCUAACUAGACUAACACAAAGUUUUGCUCAUAAAUAACCUCCAUGUCUGGUGGAAAACAAGGGUUACUCUUUCAUAAAUUCUUGACUUCACGGUGUCAUAACUAUCCUCUUCUUAUUAGUGAAUCUGUAAACCAAGAUCUGUAGACUUUGACAUAACCUUUAUUGUAAUAUUUUGACCAUGAGUAACACAGUAAAAAGGUAAAGGGGGCAAUUUUCCUGGUCAGAUGGUUUAGGUCUGGUUAGGAUUGAAGUUUAUCACAAAAUUUUUUUUGACAUUUUUCGUAACUAGAUUUUUUAAACACUUUUUUAUCUCACAUAUAUCAAAUCAUUACAGUAUAUUUUUCCUACAGAAAAUCCAGAAAUAGCGCAGUUUGCGGCCAUACCGCCUAACCGUAUUGUGUUGAAUAUUCCAGCAUGACACCAUUAUUAGUAGAUCACUUGACGGAGUGGAGAUAUUCUUCAGUGGAAUUAAAUUAUAGCCAAUUGCCAUAUGCAUAUUUCUACCAUCUGUUUAGGCAUUAAAUUUUUAUAUUCAAGUGCAAGUCCAUUCACAAAACCAACUCUUUUCUCCCACCCAAAAAGAAAAAAAAAUCAAAAGUAUCAUUCCUCAUGUUGCAUUGAACUUUUACACACUGGCUAUGAGUUUACACCAUUUACAACUGCUUAAAAGUGAGAACAUCCGCAUUUUUUUCCUGCAAAAUUUGCCUAGUAAUUAUUUAAUUUCUUCAAUUUUUUAUUGAUUUUUUAUAAGUAAGAGGCAUUUAAUUUCUUCGAGUGAUUCAAGAGAAGUAAACGAGUUAACAUGAUAUAAAAUUAAAUCCUCAUGUUAGAAGAGGAAUCUAUGUAUUCCUUUGAAAUUAAUUUAUAAUGACUUUGACCGAGUCAAGCUGCUGAAUUAUAUAUAUAUAUAGACCCACUCUCAGAAUCUUUUUUUGUUCAUAACCUAUUUAUGAAAAGUCAUUGUAAUGGGGUCUCAGCACAACAAAAAAUACAAGAAAACAGAAGUGCAAAUUGACCAAACUCUUCUUUUUUUUUUUUCUUCUUCUUCUUCUUUUAAUUUCGAAGAAUUUAACCCCAAAAAAUUAAAAAGAAAAAAAAGGGUGUAGAAAAAUGGAGAUAGUAUGUCUGUUUCGUCACCAGUUGGUUGGUUUUGGCUUUUUAUUAGGAAGUGGAACCCUCCAUCAUUAUCUGCGAUUUUACAUUAUUGUAGUUUAAGUUCUGGACCAUUACACUUUGCAGUGUUAUAGUUGGAGAAGCCCCAGUUUCGUUGUCUCAACCAAAAGUGGUUUCUUUUCAAGUUAUCACUUUCCAGUUUUCACUUGCAUUUCUGGCACUUUUUUUUUUCUACUAUAAUCCAUUUUCUACAUAUAUUGAAAGUUGAAUUGAAAUAAAGAUUAAAAAAUCAAAAGAUGAUCAUUUUCAGCUUUGUGUCUUUCACCGCUACUUUGGAAAAUGGUCCAAACAUGCUUGCUUAAUGGAUUUUGUCUGGAUAUUCUUUUUUUUUUUUUUUUGAUAACUUGGAGGAUUAAUUGCCUUCACCUUAAAGAAAUAAAAAUCGAGAUUCCUCGUAAUUAUACAUAUAUUGACAAAAAAAAUAGAAAAAAUGGAAAGCACAUAAACAUGCUAGUGAUUUAUGGCAUCUUUCUAGUACACACAUUGAUGUUUGCGCAUGGAAUUAGUGCCACUUUUCCAGUUUCAACUUAGUUGUUUAUAUAAAUUUCUUCUACCUUCACUUGACAAGUGAGAUUGGCAUCGGAUAGUGACCCAGAGAUCCGUAUGCUUUCAGUUGAUUGAGGAUUAGAAAAAGGCAUACAAUUGUUUCAUCAGUACUUAUAGAACUAGAAAUUUUAAUUUAAGGGGGCAAAAUGCAUGUACAUAUGAAUUUUUGAAGCAACAUAAAAUUUUCUAAAUUUUUAGGGAGGGGGCGCAAAUAAUAUAAAAUACAUGAGAACUUUUUAAAAUUUUCAAAAUUUUAAAAGGGAAAGCAUGAUAAUUUUCUAAAACUCAGCUAGUUCAGUCCUUCCACAUAAUACACCACCAAAUUUUUUUUAAAAAAAAAAAGAAAGAAAGAAAAAAAUUUCAAAUUUUUGUAUUUCUAUUAUUGUAUACACAUGACAUAUGCAUUAAUUACUUUAUGGCCACAUUUCACAUGAUUCCUGCCCUAAAUCAAAUUUUCCCUCCGUGUCAUAAUUAAUCUCCACCUCACCAUUUUAAUCAAAAUUUAUUACCCCUAAUCUAAUCCACUGCCAUCAAUAAUUAACCCAAAAAUUGAAGAAAUUUGAAUAGUCAAACUUUCGCACCGUCCCGUUCGUAUUUAAAAAAAAAAAAAAAAAAAGGGUUAGGCGUUAGUUACUUUAGUUAAUCUACCCGCCAUCCCAUAACUCUUCCCUCAUUCUUUUCCUUGGUUCUUGCUAACAUUUUUACCUCAAUUUUACCCUUUUUUUUUGUUUUUUUUUUCAUUCCAUAGCUUUUUUUAAGUUCUUCAUUCAAUUCUUCAAAAUGAGGCAGAGUUCAACCCGUCGUCAGCAACAGAUUUGCAGAGAAGUUGGGCUGAAAUAUUGUGUUUCGGUUGCACCUGCCUGCAGCUUUUCUGGGGUCGAGUUGUGAUGCGAAAAUGGCUCAACAUUCCGACUAAAGAGUCCGAUUACAGCGCCGAUACCGAGUCUGAUUCCGGCUCCGACGUCUCAGACGAUGAAUUCUGUGACUGGCCGAGGAGGGAAUCAAGGUUUAAGGAUGAUAGAGGUGGACAAGUUCAGCUUGAUGCUAAUGAUGCUCUUCCCACGUUAAGGCGACGCAAGUCAGAGACAUUCAGAGCACAAUAUAUAAAUAAAAAGGAAAUCAAAAUAUGUGCCGGUACAUGGAAUGUUGCUGGAAGAGUUCCUCCUGAUGACCUAGACCUUGACGGUUGGUUAGAUCUCAAUGAGCCUGCUGAUAUUUAUGUAAUUGGAUUUCAGGAGAUUAUACCACUAAACGCUGGAAAUAUCUUUGGUGCUGAAGACAGCCGACCUGUUUCAAAGUGGGAAGAUAUCAUCCGCCAAUCUCUUAGUAAAAUCCAAGCCAAGACUAAGUUUAAAUGCUUCAGUGAUCCUCCUACUCCUUCAAGGUUUAAGCCAGCCGAAGAUGCCCCAGAUAUAGAAGAUGAAAUCAUUCUUGAAUCUGACAGUGAUGGAGAGGAGGAAAUCUAUCCCGUAAAUGAUGAAACCAGUGGUUUUGAUGGACACAUGGUUGGACCAGUCAAUGAAGAAAAUGAAGCUAUGAAUGCAGAUGUUUCUUUCUACAGCCAUAAGAAUGAUUUCUCAGCCAUUGACCAAGAUUUGGAGACACAGUUUUCUUCUCCAAAAAAGCUGGAUAGGUUGAAAUGCUUUAGAACAGAAGAUAGUGAAGAAACUGAAGAGCCAAAUAAGCAGUUCGACCGUAAAUUACUCAGAACCCUGAGUGGAACAGAAAAAAUAGGUUUUUGCUGGCCAGAGGCACCUCUUGAUCUUCUGUCUCAGCAUCUUUUGGAGAGACCUAAUUCUUUCAAAUCAAUGAAGUCAUUCAAAGCUUCAAAAUCCUACAGAAAAUAUAGUUCUUUGAAGUCUGGUAUGAAUAUUCAAAAUAGAAAACAAUCAGAUGCAGCUUUGCUUGCGGAACUUGACCUUGAAUUCUUAAUAAAAAGAAAAAGAAGGCCAGCAUUUGUGAGGAUAGUAAGCAAACAAAUGGUUGGAGUUUUCUUUAGCAUAUGGGUCCGGAGAAACUUGCGAAAGCAUAUACAUAACAUAAGUGUGUCGACUGUUGGUGUGGGUGCAAUGGGAUACAUAGGUAACAAGGGAUCAAUAUCAGUUAGCAUGUCUGUAUAUCAGACACUCUUUUGUUUCGUGUGUAGUCACCUGACGUCAGGUGAGAAAGAGGCAGAUCUUGUGAAAAGAAAUGCUGAUGUGUACGAAAUACAUCGCAGGACGCAUUUUAAUUCACAUUCAGUUAUGGGCCUACCUAAAAGCAUUUAUGACCAUGAGAGAAUCAUAUGGCUGGGUGAUCUAAACUACCGCAUCAACUUGUCAUAUGAGACAACAAGACAGCUACUCUUGAAAAAGAACUGGUCCAAUUUAAGAGAGAGUGAUCAGCUUAUCAAAGAGCUGAGGAAAGGUCGUGCAUUUGAUGGAUGGUCAGAAGGUAUCCUGACUUUUGCACCAACUUAUAAAUAUGAGAUCAAUUCAGAAAAGUACAUUGGCGAUGAUCCAAAAGGAAGACGUACUCCCGCAUGGUGUGACCGAGUACUCUCAUUUGGAAAGGGCAUGAGGUUAAUAAGCUAUAGAAGGAAUGAGAUUAAGUUUUCAGAUCACCGGCCUGUAACUGCCUCUUACAUGGUUGAAGUGGAGGUAUUUUCUCCAAAGAAAUUGCAACGUGCCCUCACUUUCACUGAUGCAGAAAUUGAAGAAGAGCCCAUAAUCUCAGAUAUGAGUGUUGAUAGAGGAAUGAGCAGACUAAUGUGGGAGAGGAUAUCUCUUACUGGGGUCGAUGAGAAUAAGGCGCAAUAGAGGUUGUUGAGUUAUGUAACUCCCUAGUCAGCUAUCAUAAGCUACGUAUAUACCAUAUUCUUUUGAUUCUUUUAACUGUGCAGUUAGAGGUCACAUGUUUGUCUGUAUAUUCCUGUUGUCUUUUCAAGUCUUCCCAUUCUAUGUCAAUAUUAACCUCUAUGCAGAGAGAUCAGUCUUUUCUUCGUUUCUUAGCAAGUAGAUGUGAUUCUGCAGCUCCAUUGUCAUACCUCUUGAGAAAUCAUACGCAAUAGGUUUUGAGAUAAUCCUGGUCUCUGCUAGAAACCCUGAUUUUGACUGUCUGCUCUUGGAUUUCCUUUGGCAAUUUUUGUUGCUGUUGUGCAAAGCAUAAUCAUGAGUAGAAUGUACUUGCUAUAUUCUGCUGCUGCUAAAACUUAAAAUCUAAGGCAAACUUUUCACUGGCA